AUGUUCCAAUUUCCACCCUUCAACUCCUACCAAGUGGUAGACUGGAGCAAUGCAACGGCCGCUGACACCCGCGACCGAGAAAUCUCACUAACACGAUGUUUCUCUGAAAACCAACAGGAAACGCACUUAGUGCUUGUGCACAUUCCCAUCGAGUUGUAUUCGUUCUGCCUGCAACCAAUCCUACGGCUGCUGUUUGGCGAAGAAGACCGCGACCUCGACGAUAACGACGACGUGGAUGUGGACGUGGACGCCUCAAAAAUCCCCUGGACGAACCGCCAUGACUUUCUCAACUUGUCGAUUACGCCCAUCGAGUGCUCGAUUAUCUGCUCCAGGUCGCGAGCCGAGAAGAUCAUACGGCCGGUCGCGGAGGCGUUGAAUGCGGUUUAUGCUAAUGCUAAUGCUAAUGCUAAUGCUAAUGGAAGUGGUGGGUGGAGGAAAGCUAAAUCACCCGCAGGUAUUGAAAUCAGCGAAGACGAUUAUAUUGUCAUUCAAGUGGAUGGGCAGGGCCUUGAUGCAGGCCAGAGAGUAUUGGAGUUGACGUCGCCAUUGGCCAUGGCUGGAAUAAGCAUAUUCUUCAUCACGACCUAUUUCUCCGACUAUAUCCUAGUGCCGUUUCGAUCGCGGCGCACCGUCACCAAGGCCCUCCAGCAACGUGGCUUCGUCUUCUCGCAGAGCGCCGACGCGUUUGUUUCGCAGCUGUCGCCUUCUUCGCCGACGCCGACGACGACGACUCAGGCCGGCAGAAUCACCUCACCGUUCUAUGAAGCCUCGGCACCUUCCACACCUCCUGCGAAAGAUAUACCUGAACUUCAAAUACGGACUUUUACGAAAUUGAUGCGCAAUAACGUGAAGCCGAUUGUCGACGAGCGCUUGUUGCUGAUCAGCUGUGCUGGAAGCCGCGAAUUCGAUCGAGAGAGAGAAGAGAGUUUACGAUCGGAUCUGUUGCAGGUUCUCUUGUCGACGUUGUCAUUACCGAGAAGUUCGAGCACGAAACAAGCAUCUAGACAUGACUCAAGCCUAGGAUUCGAGUCCUUAAAAAUCGCGGAUGGAAAGCCACCGGACUUCGCGGCCAAAUUUCUGUCUCUCACCCUGACGACGACAGAGCCAAUUUCGGUCUUUCUGGAACAUAGACUUCUGUCGAGGCUGGGCGGAUCGUUGUUGGGUGCAAAAUCCGAGGAGGACGCAUUGGUUCCAAUAACGCUUGAUCUGCGGGAUUUGCCGAUGGAGGCGACGGGUAUUGUCUGUGGCGUUGCUGGGCGACUUGCGCAAGCUGGGACUGAGGUUGAUGAAAUCGACUGGAGUCCAUCACCACAGUCUGCCAAAACAGAUGGGAAUGCUGGUGGAGGGAUUGUCGAUAUCUCCUUCCUGAGCACAGCGAGGGCUGGAACGGUGGUUGUAAAGGCAAGUCAACUGGAACUCGCGGUGGAAGCGCUCGAAUAUGGGAUGAGGAGGGUGGCUGAUCUUGUAUAA